CUCGUCAGUAUUCCAGCGUAUUCAACAUGGACAACAGCAGAGUCGAAAUAUGCGUGCACGAGGGAAAGUUAAUUGGUAUUGUAGAAAAAGGUGUUUACGGUGACUACUACACCGCCUUUCGAGGAAUACCAUAUGCAAAACCGCCAAUUGGAGAACUUAGAUUCAAAGAUCCGGUACCAGUGGAACCAUGGUCCGAUGGUAGAGACGCCUCGAAGCACGGAAAUAUCGCUGUUCAAUUGAAUGAGUUCACACGCAAAAUUGAGGGCGAUGAAGAUUGUCUCUAUUUAAAUGUGUACGCAACAAAAAUUGAAUCCUCGAAAAAACGUACCGUUAUGGUAUGGAUACACGGCGGUGCCUUUUAUAUGGGUUCCGGUGAUGCAUUCUUUUAUGGCCCCGAUUACAUCGUGCAAAAAGACGUAGUUUUGGUUACCUUGAAUUAUAGACUAGGAGUUCUAGGUUUCCUAAACCUUAACAACAAAGUGGCAACGGGUAAUCAAGGUCUGAAGGAUAUAAUCAUGGCGUUACAAUGGGUCCAGAAAAAUAUAUCAAAAUUCGGUGGAGACCCAGAAAAUGUCACUAUCUUCGGUGAAAGUGCUGGUGGAGCCCUCGUACAUUGUCUCACUCUGUCUCCAUUAGCUAAAGACAUAAGCAAAAAGGAUCUGGAAACAAUCAAUUCCGAUUUCAAGAAAGCUAUAUUGCCCAGAUGUUUAGCUACAUUAUCAAAAAUAUCAAUCACAAUCGAAGAAUUGAAAUCUUUAUAUUUUGGUGAUAAAGCAGUAUCAGAAGAAACUGUAAUGAAUUACGUUGAUUUUAUCAGCGACGAAUUCUUCUGUCGUGGCAUAAUGGAAGUGGUGGAUAUUCAGACAAAAUUGAAUAAUAAUGAUAACAAAACAACGUAUCUGUAUCAAUUUUCAUACGAGAGUGAAAAUAAUCCCUUUAGAAAAAUAUUUAAAGUUCAGACUCCAGGUGUGACUCAUACCGAGGAAUUGGCGUACUUAUUUUAUCCUUAUAUGAUGAAAGAUUUGGGCUUGUCACCAUCUGCAGUUGAUUCGGAAGACUAUAAGAUGAUAAAUUGUUUAACGCAAAUGUGGACAGAUUUUGCUAAAACAGGGGAUCCAACGCCUGCUACAAAUUUGUGGUUGUCAGUGACCGAUUCACAAAGCGGAAAAUACAAUUAUCUGAAUAUCGAUACAAACUCGCAAAUAAAGGUCUUCCGUAAAGGAGAAGAAAGAUGGGAUUGGGAAAAGAAGAAAAAUAAGUUACGGCGCUAAAAUUUUAUCUACAUUAAAAUUAGGUUUCUCCGGAUACCUUUUGCGUUUAUAAAUAUUCUCUCGUUAUUUUUCAAAAAUAUUUUAUAUAACGGAAA